AUGGCCUCGUGGCUCUCCUUCUCGUCGCCGCUCGAUGUCGAGCUGCGUCUCGCCGGCGCCGAGGCGCGCAAGAUGGUCGACGUCAAGCCCGACGCCGCCGCCGGCAGCAGCAGCGCCGCCGCCGCCGCCAAGGGCGCCGCGGCCGCCGAGCGCCGCGAGAAGUGCCCCGUCUACUUCGACGGCGAGAGCGUGCAGGGCACGGCGCAUAUCCGCGUGCGGGACGGCAAGAAGCUUGCGCACGAGGGCAUCAAGGUCGAAUUUGUCGGGUCCAUCGAGCUCUUCUACGACCGCGGCCACCACUACGAGUUCGUGUCGCUGGUGCAGGAGCUGGCGUCGCCGGGCGAGAUCCGGCAGUCCGUCGCGCUCGACUUUGACUUCCACAACGUCGAGAAGCAGUACGAGAGCUACGCGGGUAUCAACGUGCGGCUGCGGUACUUUCUGCGCCUCACCAUCGCACGGCGCAUGGCCGACGUGGUGCGCGAGAAGGAGCUCUGGGUGCACUCGUACCGCAUGCCGCCGGACUCGAACAACGCCAUCAAGAUGGAGGUCGGCAUCGAGGACUGCCUGCACAUCGAGUUUGAGUACAACAAGAGCAAAUACCACCUCAAGGAUGUGAUCGUCGGCAAGAUCUACUUCCUCCUCGUGCGCAUCAAGAUCAAGCACAUGGAGCUGAGCAUCAUCCGGCGAGAAACGACGGGCGCAGCGCCAAAUCAGUACAACGAGAGCGAGACGAUCACCAAAUUUGAGAUCAUGGACGGCGCGCCAGUGCGAGGCGAGACGAUCCCGAUCCGCCUCUUCCUCGGCGGCUUCGAGCUCACGCCGACGUUCCGCGACGUCAACAAGAAGUUCUCGACGCGCUACUACCUCAACCUCGUGCUCAUCGACGAGGAGAACCGGCGCUACUUCAAGCAGCAGGAGAUCACCAUCUUCCGCAUUCCCGAGAACUAGACGCUCCUCACGAUCCGCGCACCUGCACGACGCCCCGUCACGCCUGUACACUACCACACCCUGCACAUCUUAUGCCCGCUCCUG